UAAUUAAAUAUGUUCUGUAUAUAUAAACAUACUAUACACUAGAUUCACAACAAAAGCCUUUAAUUAACUACUUCCAUGGGAGAGUUCAAUAUUGGGGUAGCUCUCCAUAACUUGAAUGAACAUGGAAUGAGGAGUUUCAGCAGCCCAGGGUUUGAAGAAAUGAACAGCCCUGACCACCAAAGGGCUUCUCUUCAGAGCUUCUCCUUGAUGGCUUUCAACAAUGGAAUUCAAAUCCCAAUUCGUGAUCAGCCAUCUCCCCACUUCUUCUCAUUGGACGAUGAAUCAGCAGCAGCAGGAGGUACAAGUCAUGGAUGCGCCAUCAAUGUUGAGUCCAUCCAAGAAUCCGAGGUGGCUUUCAUCACUAAUAAUCAACCCUAUCCAAUUAAGAGUUAUGGUCGUAGGAAGAGGAGGAGGAGCAAUGAAAAGGGAGGUGAUGGGAAGCCUAAAGAAGUUGUUCAUGUAAGAGCAAAAAGAGGGCAAGCUACAGAUAGCCAUAGCUUGGCUGAAAGGCAAAGAAGAGAAAAAAUAAAUGAGAAGCUCAAAUCUUUGCAAGGUUUGGUUCCUGGCUGUUAUAAGACUAUGGGAAUGGCCGUAAUGCUGGACGUAAUAAUCAACUACAUAAGAUCACUGCAGAAUCAAAUUGAUUUCCUUUCCAUGAAACUCUCAGCAGCAAGUUUAUUCUAUGACUUCAACUCAUCAGAUAUGGAUGCAAUGGACAGUAUACAUCAGGGAACAACUAUGUAUGAAAAUCAAGAGAUGGGAAAAGCUAUUGUGGAUGGGUAUGGUGGAUUUCCACCUCAGUUCCAAACGUCUUGGCCUCUUUAGUUGUACUUUCUGGUUGUUGAUCAAUUGAAUUCAGAUCCACUCCAUACUUAUAUAUCGACAGAGAUAUAUAUACUACAUAAAUAUACUAAUAAUAUAUGAAAAUAGCAUAAAAAUAAAUAACCUCUUUAUUUUUUUUUAUUUUAAUCAUGAGCAUCACAUUAUAACAAUUGUAUGGAUUGGAAGAAUAUGGCGUAUAAAUUAACUGGCGGCUUCAGGCUUCAGCUAUACUUGUUAGAGAAAUGGUGCUAAAUAGGAGCUUACCUU